UUUAUUUUUUACUUGGUGGAAAAAGAACAAUUAUGAGUAUAAAUAAAUUGGGUCCAAUGACUAAUUUCUUGAAUGCAGCUGCAAAUGAAAUAGAAGUAUCAAAAAAUUUUAAUAAUCAUCACUGGAUAUGUAAAGGAAAACGAAGUUUAGCGGUAGCUGUCACAUUGUUGCAACAAAAUGAAAUUAUAGCAAUCCCAACAGAUACAAUAUAUGGUCUUGCUGGUAUUGUAUCAAGUACUAGCUCUAUUGAAAAAAUCUAUGAAAUUAAAAAACGUGAUAAAGAUAAACCAUUAUCUAUUUCUAUUAGCAAUGUAAAUGAUAUAAAAAAAUGGGCUAUUGUUGAUCAUUUACCACAAAAUUUGUUACCAUUAAUAAUACCUGGACCAAUUACAAUUAUUCUAAAACGAACACCAGCUUUAAAUCCUGCUUUAAACCCUAAUCAUGAUACAGUAGGUAUUAGGAUUCCAUGUUUCAAAUUUUUACAAUAUAUUUCUGACAUAGUGGGACCUUUAGCUUUAACAAGUGCUAAUUUAAGCAAUGAAGCAAGUUGCUUAUAUGCUUCAGAAUUUCAAAAUUUGUGGCCUAUGUUAGGUGGAAUAUUUUAUGAUUCCACAAAAUUUGGCAAAUCAUCCACAAAAUUAAGAAAAGGAUCAACAAUUGUUGAUUUAAGCAAACCAGGAUAUUAUGAAAUUGUUCGUGCUGGAGUUUAUGUAAAUGGCAUUUGUUCAAUGUUAAAAAAAUUCGGACUACAAAAAUGUUCCAAUUAAAUGCAUCAUUAUGAUCUUAAUACAUUUUGAUUCUUAUUUUUAACAUUUAUAAACAAUGUAAUAGAAAUAAAUUUAAGUAAAAGAAUUAAACAAUUCAUA